AUGCAUCAGCAGCCCCGAGCGCCUCCGAGGACGGCCUCGCCGGCCUCCUCACCCCAAACGAACCCAGCUCGGACGAACAACCCGCGGCAAGCAGAUGAAGAGACCAGCUUGGUGACGAGGGCAAGGACGGGUUCGAACGCUUCCAGGGGAGGAGAUUCUCUCCCAUCCCCUUCGCCGACCGCCGAUCACGCGCUGGCGAUGCCCGGGCCGCCUGUUGAAAGCGUCAAGAAGCUGGACCAGAUUGUGCAGAACUUCUUUAAUAAGGUUGCUGUACUGGUGCUGGAUUCAAGGAUCAAAACAAAGCCGACAAGGACUGCGAAUGGCGUCAAGAAGCCUAACAAAUGGUUUCAACUCGAAACAGACGAGAUUGACGAUUUCCGGGACGAGCUCAAGACAUGGAAGCUGAGCGGGAGCAUCGACAGCAGGCCACCUCCUCUCAUAAUCGAAGUGUACCUCGACACAUCGCGGCUGGAGAGCAGCCAGAGCUUGACAAUUGUGGAUGAAGAGGGGAAGAGAUGGGACGUCAUGGAGCAGCUCAGCGAGGUGAGCGCAAACGGCACCACGACGAGGAACACACAGGUCAUCCUCGAGCGGUGGAAGGUGGAGCUCAGAGCGACAGACAACCCUCCUUCGGAUGACUUUGGUCCAUCGCUGCCGACCAUCUACAAGAAAGCGAUUGUCUUCUUCCGAUCCUUCUUUGCGGCUUCGAGACUACUACCAGCAUGGCGCUUUGCCAGCCAGGGCGCAGCCCGGAAUCCCCAUCCAGCAUUGAUCCCGCGUUGCCGGAUACGGACAUCGGAUCCGCGCAGUACGGGCAUUGACUUGCUCAAAUCGCCAAUCGACGGAAAGUCUGACGCAACGACGGAUUAUUUGUUUGGCGACCUGGACAUACCAGUGGGCCGGAUGGCGGUGGCGGUCACUUACAGGAAUGACUGUAGUUUUCGCAUCGACGAUUCCGAGGCACUGCUGAGUUCUCGAUUCAUGGGGGUUGAUGAGAACUUCUUCAAGCCUUCGUUACAACAACAUCAAGCUGAUCGAUCGCGGAACCACGUGGCCGAAAUUGGCUCAUUGCGUGAUCGACGACAAGAACGAGGCAUUGGCAACGUGCGGCAAACGUACGGCAGCUUGUCCACUUUCCACGGUGAUGCUGCUCUUGGGACCAGCCCAUUGACGGCCCUCAAAUCUAUUCGACCGCCUGGCUCAGACACAAGCUCACCGCCGGCGUCCUUUCCCAAACACUCUGACAUCCACCCGCCGAGUUCUCUGCCAAUGGCCAGCCGGGUACCAUCUGCCAGACCAUCUAUGAGAAGCGACGACAGCACAGGUCGUCGGCCAUCUGUUUCUUUCCAGCCUUUCAAGGCAGGGUCGCUGUCGGGGUCUCCUAUCCCCCGAACCACAGAGUCUGAUACUUCAAACUCACCAAACUCAUACCAAAAGCCGCCAUCAUUGUCGCAGCCGCGAAGUAGAACUUCGUUGACUGCGGGCAAUCCUGCUUCACUAAGGGGCGGGCCGCCGACACCUCAACCCGCCGAACCCGCUGGUGGGAGCUCGCCAAGGCCAGGCUCGACGAGUCGCUACAGCAGCAGCUUCACCCAUCGACGCGGUCGGCUGUCUGUCGGCGGAGCGAGUAGGACUGGGGACGACGAGCAGAGCAGCAGCGGCAGGCAGAGUCUGGCAUCCUCACUCGCCCAACCUGGCUCGGGGCUCUUGGCUGAGCCUGGCGCGAGCUCGGGCUCCUUGGGCGCCGAGGAAGAUAAUAUCUCGGAGUUCCUCAAGGCGCUUGACAGCAAGAAGACACUCAAGAGUUUCGACUCGCCCAAACGCGGCGAAUCCGCCACGAACAAGACGGUGGCUCAACUAUCAAAGUUCCACAUGAUGAGAGAAUCCAACAACGCUCUGACUGAGUCCAUGACCUCGUCAGUUCAGAUGCAGAGGUCUCUGAGCUCCUCGAGUCGCCACAUGACGAGCAAUCCUGGCAUGGUCACUGGAUCCAUUUCUGCCUCCUCUUCCCCCAGCAAGCCGCACUCUCCGCAUACGCCCCAUACGCCCGCCAUCCCAUCGCGACUCAGCGAGAACUCGCUCAUAGACGACUCGUCGACCUCGAGGAGGGUGUCGUCUCGACGACCAGCCGCACCAGAGUCAACAGUUCCCGAGUCGAGUCGGGAGAACACCAUCACCGGGGAGGGCACUACUGCCAUUGACAUCCCGCUAUCCCCGCGCUUGGGCUCUUACCAGCGACGAUCCAGCUCAGUUGCCCAGCAAAGCCGUGCAGUCAUGGACGACGACACAUCUGAUCUUCCUUUCGCAACCAACCGUAGCAUUAGUCUAGGGGCCGACGACCGAGAUCCGCCCACUAUCAGUGGCUUGCUUGGCCGGCGGUUGGACCAAGAGGCCGAGCAACAAACUUUGCAGCCUGCUGCCGACAUUCGCACGACCGAAACAUCUAAUGUCCUCAACCGCCAGGAUUCGAACGAGGACAACAACCCGCCGGACGCUUUCCUGUCGGGACUGCCCAACUCACCGUAUGGCCGCAAGAGAUACAUGGGCAUGGGCGCGCAGAGGAAUCGACAGACCCCUCCACAGUCAUCCCGUGGCAGUUUCACGGGUUCUGGCAGCAGGCCCGGGCGAGAAGAUGCCGAGUCCCUCAGUGGGGAGCCCCUGAUGUUCGACCUGUCCGAAAUGGACCCUCAGGGGCGAAGAAGUCUGGAAGCAGACAGGGGAGGCAAUUCGCGGAGGAUGUGGUAG